GGGACGUCUUUGUCGAGAAUUGUUUGGGAGUCUCAAAACCUAUUAUACAAUAGUAGUGGUGGAUAACUUUCAAUUUAACAUUGAUGAAUUUUUUACAAUCCUAUAAAAAUCAAAUAAAUAAUUCGAUAGUCUAAACUUGUUUAAAUUUUACCAUAAUUAGACGAAUCGAAUUAAUUCCAUUCGAUUUCCCUACAUUCAGUUUUAAAUUUUUUUUACCCAAUUCGAAUUUUAUUUAGAAAAACCGGUUACCUGCUCUAUCCCAAUUUCAUAUAGAACUUUACUUAUAAUUUCCCACCACUCUCACUUUCAUAAUCUCCUGGAUAUAUCAAUAUUUAAUUCAUCUAGAUAUACCUAGUCUCUACGUAUUGCUGACGAAUACUUACACAAUCAGUUACCAGUUAUCAUCCUGUUUUGAGAUCUGUAACGCAAAUUCAGUGUUCAUACGUAGGGUUUCUUGUUUUUCCCUGAUUCGAAGAGCUAUGAAGGUUCAUCCGGCGCCAAAUAGGCGAAACAUCACUGUCCGGUACGAUUUUGGUUCGCAGUCUGGUGACACCGCUGCUAUCUGCCGUCAAAAGAAGCUCCGGCGACUCCCUCACAUCUUUGCUAAAGUACUCGAGCUUCCUUUUUACUCCGACGCCGAGGUUUCGAUCCAGGAAACGUCAGAUUCCUUGAAGUUUGUUGUCGAUACGGACGACGAUAUCGCCACCGACGUCGCGGCUCAUACUAUCGAGAUCUAUCCUGGCGUGACGAAAGUUGUUGUAAGAGGGACACGUGGUGUCGAUGAUUCUGGUGGUGGUGUUAAUCAGCUGGAGGUUGAUUUGUGGCGGUUUAGACUUCCAGAGUCUACGCAGCCGGAGCAUGCUACGGCAGCUUUUAGCGAUGGAGAGCUUGUGGUUACUGUACCCAAAGAUGUUAAUUUGGUGAGGAAUCAGGAAGUUUGGGGUGAAGGUAACGGAACUGGACGGUUUGUUAUGGUUGAUGUCUUGAUGAUCAUCGUCCUCAAUGAAUAUGUAUGUUGAUGUUGAUGAUGAUUCCUGCUUUCGAGCCUUCAAUUCCAUUUGAAUUAUGUGACCUAACUAUGAGCUUCUAUAAUGUUAAAGAUUUAUUGAGUUACAAAUGCUUCUAAUCAUCAUUGAUCGAAUCAUAAUCCAUUGUCAAUGUAUCUAACAACGAGCUUUAUCAUGCUAACUGUCUUAAUGAAGUCACUAGAAGUAUUUAUCCUUAAAGAAACUACCAUUUUGGUGAGGAUUUGAAACCUGUUGACUACAGAGCAAGUAUUUAUGAAUUAUGAUUAUUCUAUCAACACAAAUCCAGUAAGACCACUCAAAUUAGUGUUUCUUUCCCUUUGGGGAUCCUGUCAUCAUAAAGUAGCUAGAGUAUAUAUUCCUUCAAUAUCUAUCUCAUGCUCACCUUAGAGAUUCUGAUUCUCUGUAUAAAGUUGGCCUCAAUAAUUUCAUCACAAAAUAUGUUGUUUCUACUUUAUGUCAUAAACAUAAUUGU